AUGCACAUGGAUGAUGGAAAAAAUCAUGCUGGCCUUAAAGAAGGAGAAGAAGGUAGAGAAUUUGGGUUGCAUAGGAUGUUGAUUCUGGAGGAUAGGCAGGAUGAAGACUUUUUACUAACUGAUGACCUACUGGUGGAUUAUUUCAAUGUAUUUCUUGCUUUGCUGAAUUUUCCGAUGCCAAUUUGGUUUAAUAAGGCUACUGGGACAUUUGAGAUUGUUGACAAUGCCAAGGAAAAGCUUCGGAAACAUUUAAAGAGUCUGGUGCAAGCUCUUUUGCCUGUGGACCCCAUCUAUAAUGUGACGAUCAAGUCUAAAAGAAAAUAUUCUCAGCCCAAACAAAAUGAGACCAAUCUGGAUGUCAAAUUUGAUGAUACAUACGUUGUAAUGUGCCUCGAUCACGAACAAGGUAUGGCUUGGAUAAAAUCUGAGAGGCUUCCAGCAUUCAUUCGGAGUGACUGUUACUUUGAGUACAGGAUUGCAAAACUGCUGUCCCAACUAGACUGCAGCUCUAGAUUUGGCAUGCCACAUAUAGAUUCUACGUAUCGCCCCUGGGCUACGGAAGUGGAAGAGAAAAGCCUGGCUGAAGACCUUUCAGUAGACCUGAUACCAGUGCACCAAGAAGCUUCCAGCAACCUGUCUGAGGUGUUGGUCACAGGAGAAGAGGAGGAGUUUCCUAUGCAUAGCACCAAGUUUGACAGCAAAAUUAUUGCUGGGACUCAACAUCCCACUGGAGAUACAGUGAGGCCUGUAGAGAGGGGGACUACCGAUAUUUCGAUUUUGGAUGAAGUUAUGCACAGCCUGCAAAGACAGAAAAUUCUGGAUAAAUCUGGAAAAACAAAGGUCAAAUUGGAACAAGAAAGCUGCACCAGCAGCUUCACUAAACCCAGAAUUGUGGAUGACACACUAUUUGAAUUCAUUCCUGAAUAUGCUUUGGAUAUAUCAGAGAUAGUUUCCUUUGAACAUAAGUCAGAGAGUGAAAUUAAACCAAUGCAAGACAUAAUAGCAAAGAACAAAGAAAAAGUUGAUGCCCAUUUCAAUAUAACAGAUCAUAAAGAACAGAUCAGGACUGGUGAAACAACAACCAAAGAAAAUCUCAGUGCUGCUGAUGAAACAACCCAGGGUACUGAGACCAACCUAUCCCCUGUGAUCCAUGAGGCAAAGCAACAUUCGGAUGGGAAUACACAAAUAGCUCCGAUGCCUAAUGUUUCUCAAACUGAGCAAAUGAACGUGGAACAGUCGCCUGCAUUGAGUAAUAUUAAGUCUCAUGGUUUGACUGAAGGUACAGGGGCUGAAAGUACAGAGUCUGAUUCUUCGAGCGAAGAAAAUGAUAUCAAAAGUUUCUGUUAUGUGACCCCUCAUCACAAUUAUAAUUUCAAGAGCAGAAGAGACAUUGAAAAAUUCAAAAGCUUUCUCCAGGGAACAGCUGGAGAGAAGUACUGGUGGCUCUGGAUGGACAUUGAACGACUAAAUAUUACCAAGGAUGGUAAAAGAAAGCAAAGCUAUCUCAACAAGAUACGGAGUCGCUACUUGUUCAGCGGUGGUGAAUACUGUAUGAGUGCUGAGAUACGGGAAAGGCUGGCUCUGUCAAUUAUUUCACAGUGGACUGUAGAUAAUUUAUGCAAAAUCCAGGCAGAUAUAGUGGCACCCCUGCUUCUCUACUGGGGUCCAAGGUAUUGCAUCAACCAAGGAUCCCCAAUAAGACAAGCUGGCGUUGUACUGAAGGAUUGGCAAGACCGCCAGCUCAGGCCUAAACCAGAUGUAGGCCCAUUUUCUGUCACACCCUUAGAUCAGAUAAAAAUCAUUUGCAUUUCUAAGGAGAAAUGCCCACCAAAGGAUCACAAGCUUCAUCAAUUCCAGAGAAAAGCUCCUGUAAAAGGACAGUUGCCAAAGACGUGUGGCACUCAGAACACAGCCGACACCCCUCCCGGUCACCGGGAAGGAAAAGAACAUGUUAACACUUCAAAAUGUGAUAUUUCAAUGAAAAUCUCAGAAUCUAUGAAAGCUUUCAACGAGUUGGCAUUACGGAAAGCAAAGGAAAUCCACAAUUUAAAGACAUCAAUGCACAUCACAAAGUAUCACGAUCCACUGUGUGACUAUAAAAUUAAUGACCUGCUCCAUGCCCUUCAUAAUGAAAGCAGAACAGGAUACUUCUUCACAAAUUUUUGCAAGGAAACAGGAAAUGAGCUAUGGUGUAAUAGUGUGGACUUGUGGUUUGAGCUGAAGGAAUAUCAGCGACUCUUUUAUGCAGAAAUCUUUCAACCAUUUAAGCUCAAGAGGCAAGCACAGUUCAUUUUUGCCACCUACACGGUUGAAGGGGCCCCCGCAGAUGUCAAAUUAGAUAUCGAGAAUCAGAAAAGCAUCUACAAUAAACUGGAACCACCCUUUGAAGAGCUGUUUGAUCAUCUAGAGGAGCAUAUACUCAUCUUGUUACUGGUACCUUGGGUCAAAAUGCUUGAAAUGGACACCUCAAAAUAUCAAAAGGUGGACAUAAUAAGAGAGACUCGGCAUUUAGAUUCAAAAUAUUUCAAAAAACUUCGGGCCUUGCAGAGGAGACAUUUCCCCCACAAGGACUUCCCUUCUCCAGUCCGUUCAGCAAGUCACAUGGAAUCUCCAGAGGAUCUUAAAAGUUCAAGCAUUUGGCAGAUGGUUCCUGAGGAAUUCCGUGAUUACACAUUUGAAGGACUGGUUCGGAAUCGCUUGCUACUUGAGAACUUCCAGGAGUACCUGAGAGAGAAUUUAGCAGGCAUGGAUCUCAAUUGCUGGUUGGACAUUGAGAAAUAUAGAAAGAUACCCAAAGAUGAGAAGGAAAAUAAAGCUAACAAGUCCAAAGAGAUUAUCAAAAAAUAUCUGAAUUAUAAGUAUUUCUUUGGACCGAGCAGCCCAGCAACAAAAUCACAACAGGAGGAGGUGGUGAUGCUGGCUGGAGGUCAAUACAAGUUGCUGCAUGAUCAGUUGUCUUUACUGGUUGGCACUGAACUACAAAAUUAUGCAAAAGCACGCUUGGAAAGAAAGUGGCUGCCCAAAUUCUUGGCUUCACCGGAGUUCCUUGAGAAGAGCCACAAACAAAUACAGAUGGAAGAUGUGGUAGAGGACCAGAUGUUAAUCAAAAGUAAGAAGAAGCGGGAACUAAUGAAGCGCAUGACCAACAGAUGGACCAUCUCAUCGAAAGAAAUCAUUGCAUUCCGUAAAGCAUUGUUAAACCCAGUGACGGCUCUACAAUUUCAGAAGUUCGUGUCAACAAAAGGAGAGCUGAUGGAGAAUAACGUGGUGUUUUGGCUUGAGGUUCAAAAGUACAAGGACCUGUGUCAUUCUCAUGCUAGUGAGGAAAUGAUUCAGAAUAAGAUCUCUGUCAUCAUUAAUUGCUUCAUCAACUCCAGCAUUCCACCAGCUGUGCAGAUUGACAUUCCACUAGAGUACGCACAGAAGAUUAUCAGCCAGAGGCAUGAACAGGGUCCUUACAUCUUCAGAGAAGCACAGAUGGCGGUUUUUAAUGUUCUAUUCCAACUGUGGCCAGCGUUCUCUGAGUUCAGAAAGAGACUUGAUCUUGAUGCCAUCCUGCCUGUUAUGGAGCGAAAAGAAAUGAGUGAACGGGAUAAACAGAAGGGACUCCCAAUGGACGAGAGCUCAGCUGAGAAGAUGGAGUCCGGUCGGGACGUGAGCAGUGCGGACAUUGGUCAUCCACGUUACUUGGGGAUCAGCAGCCGGUCCAGUGGAAGCCGGCACUCGGUAAAAGCUGGAAGUGGAAAAUUUAAAAGGGACCACAGGAUCAUAAAGUCCGAGAGUGAAAUAGAAAGUCAACAGGUUGAAAGUCAUGGCCAAAAGCUUUCCUGGUCCUUGUCCAAAUACGUGGAGGCACUGGAUAGGGAGAAGGCACUGAUUUUAAGACAAGCGACUAUGGAGCAAGGGACAAUUGCAGGCUCUUCAAAAUACCAUAUGGCACCAAACAACUUAAGUGAAUCAUCUAAAUAUUCAAAACUGUUUUAUUACAACAACUUCCAGCCUCCAGCCCCCAGUGGACGUGUGGAUUCGCAGACACUGGACCUUCGACUUCCCCAGCUGACUCGCAGGAAUUCGCACACUUAG